UAUCAUAUAAACUAGUCUUUCAUCAUGGAUCAUCAUUUUAAAAGAAAAAUUAUAAAAACAAAAAAGCUAAAAAGGUGGGGAGAAAAAGAAAGUUUCAAUCUUUUGCAAGCAAGAACCAUAUUCAAAGUUUUUAACAAACACACACACACACACACACAGUUGGAAAGUUGUGGGUAGCCAAUUUUGAAUCAAAGAAACCCCAAGAAAAGCUGGUCUCAAGGGAAAGAAGAAUGUUUUGGUAUACUCUUAGAGAGGUAGGUUAGAGGAUUCUAGAGAGGGAAGUCUAUAUACAUACGUACAUAUAUGUAGAGAGAGAGAGAGAGAGAGAGAGAGAGAGAGAGUAAAAGUGGUGUUGCAGCUUUUUCUCGAAGGCUUCUGAAGGUUGGAGAAACUAGUUAAGGUGGAAUUAGUACUGAUAUCAACAUGGGAAAGAAGGGAAGUUGGUUUUCGGCCAUUAAGAGGGUUUUUACACACAACUCAGAGGGAUCAAACAAGAAAAGUGGUAAGGAAAAGAAGAAAGGGCAAGGAACAUUUAGGCAUGGAGAAACCAAAUCAUUCAUUCCCCUGUUCAGAAAACCAAGCAGCAUUGAGAAAAUUCUAGGGGAAGCGGAUGAACUUCUUAUUAGGCCUCCAACAUCUUUCGAGCCUCAAAUAACGCCACCUGCUAUACCUGAGAGGCCAGCAUCUCCAAGGGCCAAUUCACCUAAAUCUGCUUCUCGCAGAGCUCGUUCCCCCAGGGCUGUUACUCCCAGGGCCGCUUCUCCCAGGGCCGUUUCUCCGAGGGCCGCUUCUCCCAAGGCCACCUCUCCUAGGGCUGCUUCUCCCAAGGCUGCAUCUUCUAAGGGUCCAACUCAUCCUAAGAUAAAUCAGAAACAAAAGGAAAUAAAAAAUGUCCACCGUCCAGAACCAACUUUAAGAAACCAGCACCUUUUUGCGACUAAGAUCCAGGCAGUAUAUAGAGGUUACCUGGCGAGGAGGAGUUUCAGAGCUUUGAGGGGUCUAGUGAGGCUUCAAGGAGUGGUGAGAGGCCAAAAUGUGAGACGACAAACGAUGAAUGCCAUGAAACAAAUGCAGCUCUUGGUACGGGUUCAAUCGCAAAUUCAGACAAGAAGGAUCCAGAUGUUAGAAAACCAGGCACUCCAGCACCAAGCUUAUAGAAACGAUAAGGAAGUGGAGAGUACCUUGAGCAAAUGGAUGUCAAACCAGUCUGAGGCCGGUAAUCAUGAAGAUUGGGAUGAUAGCUUGCUAACUAAAGAGGAAGUAGAAGCCAGGUUACGGAAAAAAGUGGAGGCAGUAAUCAAAAGAGAGAGAGCUAUGGCCUAUGCAUAUUCUCAACAGCUCUGGAAAGCAAAUCCAAAAUUAGCUCAAACUUCUCUGGACAACCGAUCCAAUGGAUUUCCCUGGUGGUGGAAUUGGUUAGAACAAAAGCUGCCUCUGGAAAAUAGUUCUCAGAGCCAAAAUGCUGCAAAAACUGUUGCUCUAACCCCUCCAAGGCCUAUUUCAGAGUACAAGCCUAGUCCUCGACUUCAUUCAAGGAAUUACAAGCACAACAACUUCGGUUUUAACAAUCACGAAUCUUCCUCUCCAAGGUCAUCAAGAUCAGCUAUCCCUGUUAGAGCAAAACAAUAUCGUACCCCAAGUAGGACACCUCCACCAGCAAAAGCCUUGCCACGUACAAGAGCAAGUCCAGCUAAUUCAGCCUAUAACGUUCCAUUGAAAGAUGACGAUAGCCUCAUGAGCUGCCCUCCAUUUUCUGUUCCAAAUUAUAUGGCACCUACUGUUUCAGCCAAAGCCAAAGUUCGAGCAAAUAGCAAUCCAAAGGAGAGAAUUCCUAGCACGCCAGGAAGUGACUCAAAGAGGAGGUUUUCGUUUCCUUUGACGCCAAAUAUCGGUUCUUUCAAGUGGAAUAAAGGAUCUAACAAUGAUACAACUUCUCAAAAGGCAUUGGAGAAACAUCAGUCUGUUGCAUCUAUAGGAGACUUAAGCAUAGAUUCAGCUGUUUCCAUGCCAGCUACAGCAGGAAGAAAGCCAUUUAACAGAUUUGUGUGAUUUGAUUUUGUAUGUUUGUUUACUGUUUGUUAACCUCUGUAUUAACUAUUUUUUUCAGGCUGUUUUUUGUUUUAAGUACUUAUGGGGUGUAUGAAUUGAUGAUAUCUUGAUUACAGUAUUCUGAUGUACAAUAAUAAAGAAAGAAUAGGAAGUGUGCUUGUUUAAUGUAUAGGAUUUUUAAGGUAGAA